AGAAAGUCCAAAAGGCGCGGUUACCCUGAUUUUUACGGACACAAAAAACCCUUUGGCCACACUUAUCUCUGCAAAUUCAAAAAUAUCAAAAGCUACAGAAAGAAGAUAAUGGCGGUGUCCUUGGGGUUAUUCUCGGUAUUCUCAACCGGCGAGACGGCAUCGUUUGCGAAGACAGCUUCCUUCUCCUCCGUUAGGCUCGCUUCUCCGCUUGCAGCUCAUCAUGUUAAUAACUUGCGCACUGUGCGGACGGUCACUUUCGCGACGGCUUCUAAGCCGGUAGCUGAGCCGAAGAAGCGUGAACCUAGGGGAAUUAUGAAGCCGCGUAGAGUAUCGCCGGAAAUGCAGGCUUUUCUUGGUGGCAUGUCUGAAGUUCCUCGAACUCAAGCCCUCAAGUUGAUUUGGGCACACAUCAAAGCGAACGACCUUCAGGAUCCUGAAAACAAGAAGGUGAUAAUUUGUGAUGAGAAAUUGAAGACAAUUUUUGGAGGAAAGGAACGUGUUGGGUUCCUUGAGAUUGCUGGAUUGAUUAGUCCUCACUUUCUCAAAUGAUCUAUAAAGGAAAGCUUAAAAAGAGAAGUCUUUUUUUGUAAAGUAGGCUCUAGAUUAUCACAGUGCUUCUUUAUUAGUUUAGCUUAUCGAAACGUAUCUGAAGGAGCCUUAAGCUAUGAAGAUCACUCUUUUGUGAAAGUUUUGAUUUUGGUGUUCAGAUCUACAUGUGAUGGUUUUCGAUGCAAGAUUAGUAGCCAGUGGAUUGUCAAUCAUAAACACAUUGCACCUUUACAUGUAUGCUCUGUUCGGGGCAUAUUUAGAACAAAUUUCAGUACUGAACUCUGAUAUGGUCAAAUGUACUGAAUAUUAGGGUUUUUUUCCCUUGCAUAUGUAUGACAAUAUCCAGUAUAUUAUUUCUAUGUUUGAAGUUUGUGAAA